AUGUAUAGGGUCAACGACGCCCGCAAAAGCUACUUCGAAGCCCUAGCAACCCAAUAUGAUCUCAUUAAAUCCCGCGGGGACGCUACGCACAUUGACACGACCAUUCUGGACGCAAUUCAAGCGACUGCGCUACCUUUGCAUACCACCAGCACCAUCCCUCCCUCCCCGGGUGGACAACAAUUCUUCGAGCCCCGAUUAAUCGAGAACGACAGCUUCUUCGACAGCUUAUGGAAUUAUAUGCCAGAGGACCUCCCGUCAAGGGAUACCAUUACAUCUGCGAAGUUUGUUUGCGCGAAGAUUGACUAUGUGUACUCGAUGUACAAAAUCCCAAUCGACACUGAUCGGAAACCUUCCUUGAUGGAGAUGUCCGGUUGGAGUAGGGCGUAUGCAUUUUCAAUCUUCCUUCUCUAA